AGGAAGAUGAAGCAAUGACUGCUGAUGCUGGUGAUUCAAAAGAAACAGCAACUCUUGAACAAGAUGAAGAACAGAACAUUGAAGCAGACAGUGAAUCACAUAAACGUGAUGAAAUAAAUAAAGAGAAAGGACAACAAGAGAACAUGGAUGCUCACAAUUCUAAAGAUAAGGCUGAACAUAAAGUUCAAAUUGCAGAAGAAAAUAAGGUCAUUAAAAGGUCAAAAAGGGCUGCUAGGAGUCCUGAUAGAUACACUCCUAACCCCACAACAGAAAUGAAGAAAAGGAAAAUGGAAAAGGCAUUAAAAAAAAUUGAAUGAAACACAAGUUUCUGAGAAGAGUACAUUUGAAGGACCAUUCAGUGAGGACCCAAAGCAAAUGCCACCUACAGAGGACUUGGAUAAGGUAAAAGAAUUUGUGAAGGAGGGCCUGGUAAAAAACCAUUCAAGUAAUGUCCCCAA